UAUGGUCAUUGUCAACCAAUCGAUGCAUCGACUUCAAUAUUGGAUGACGAAAAAUGGCUAUCAAGUUUGCAAACACCAAAAAUGCCUGUUUAACGAUUGUUGGUCGUUUGAUUGAAUUUAAAUUUGGAUCAUCGGAUUUAAAAAUGUUUUAGUGAGAUGCGCGACUUAAGUUACAGUUGACUGUCGAAGUGAACACAAUCUUUUUUAUGAGUUACGUAUAUGAGUGGUAUACAACAACAACGUCACGUAAGACUGUAAGGAGGUUAUUGCAGAAAGACAGACGUUUGUUAAGCAUAGCAAGAAGUUGUUAAGGGCAUGGCUUCCUCAAGACCUAAUACGGGCCAUGCUGUUCCAAUAAUGCAAUGCAAAGGCAAUGGUGCAAUUGAACUCGACCACGUUGCUUUGACUCACAUAUUCCGUCAUCCAGAUGUACAAGACAAGCCGGUUUGUAUUGUUUCCAUAGCUGGAGCAUUUCGAAAGGGGAAGUCAUUCAUGCUGAAUUUCUUUCUACGUUAUUUAAGAAACCAAGGGUAUAAAAAUCCCAAUUGGCUAGGAUCUGUAACUGAGCCUCUUCAAGAUGGUUUCGAAUGGAAGGGUGGAAUGAAUGCCUGCACAAACGGCAUUCUAAUCUGGAACCAAAUUUUCACCGUGAAAAAAAACGGGGAAGAUGUUGCAGUUAUGUUGAUGGAUACACAGGGCCUUUUUGACAAUAAAACUGACAAUAAAACAAACACAUUGAUAUUUGCUCUCAGCACGUUGAUAAGUUCAGUCCAAAUAUUCAACUUGAGUCAACAAAUUCAAGAAAGUGACUUGGGGUUUCUCCAGUUCUUCACCGCUUAUGCUCAAGCAGCAAGACAGGCUGAGGGUGCUAAAAAUAUCAAGCCGUUUCAGACAUUGAUUUUCCUUGUGCGAGACUGGCAAUGGGGGGAGCAAAUAGAAUACGGAAUGAGCGGUGGAAAGAGAUAUCUUCGAAAAAUUUUAUCCAGUGAUUCGUCAACAAGUGAAGAACUUAAGGCGGUCAGGCAACAUUUGAAUUCAAGUUUCAAUGAUACAAGAUGUUGUCUUAUGCCAUACCCGGGAAGUACUGUCGCAGGAACGAUGGCUUUCAAGGGGAAAAUGAAAGACAUUGACAGAGCAUUUGUACAACAAGCAGUUGCACUCACUGAAAAUAUAUUCAAGCCUGAAAAUCUCGUUGUCAAGAAGAUUAAUGGAAAAGAUGUCACUUCACUUACAAUUCUUAAAUACGUGUUAGAUUGUGGCAACAGUUUAACAGACGGAAAACUACCCAAUCCAAAAACUAUGAUGGAGAACGUGGCAGAAGCUCAAAACUUACAGUCCCAGAGGCGUUGUGGUGAGAACUAUACAAGUAUUAUGAGAGAGGUUCUUGGAGACAAGUUUGUCGAGCAACAAUUUUUUGCGGAAAUGCACGAACAGGCUAAAAGCAACGCAAUGCGUGAAUUUGAAGAAUUCACAAGGUUUGGGAGUGAGCAAAGUCGACAAAAAUAUCGGGAAUAUUUGAUACAUACUAUCGACAGAGAAUACGACAUUUUGAGACAACUUAACAAAAGCAACAAGAUUGAGUCGGAAUCGUCAGUGUUAACUUUGAUUCAAAAUUUGACAGAUACGUAUGAAGAUAAUAUGAGACAGGCGAUCGAAGGAAGCAAGGUUCUGACUGAAAAAGAAUUGGAGAAUAUGAAUAUAUUAUUCACCACCGAAGCGUACGAUCUUUUUGCCGACUCAAACGUUAAUCAAGAGCAGAAAAGCCGAUACUUCGACAAACUACAAAAUAGAAUCGAGAGAGUGCACGAUAUCAUCAAGAAAGAUAACGACGAUAAGAUGAAAAUUGCUGAAGAACAAAAUGGAGUGGAACGGCAUUUACUGAAGAUGCGGCUUGAAUAUUCGAUGCAAUACAGAGGAGAACUGCGAAAGAUGGUAGAUGAAUAUGCAUCUGAAGACGACUUACAGAAAACUGGUGCCGAUCGACGAAGAGACUUGAUUGACUCGCUCAAGAUAAAAGUUCUGGAGCAUGGAUUAUCAGAAAAUUCGUCGAUAUGGAAAAAACAUGUAAAAGGCCUUGAAGAUAAACUUGAUGACGAAUUUAACCAAAUACAGAGAAUAAACUCCGAAAAGACGGCAAAUCUGGAAAAGCAACUGGAGACACUACAGAAUCAAGCUUAUUGUGCAUACGAAGAAUAUUUUUCACAGCUUCUCAAAGACACUUACAUGGAAAAUGAUAAUUUAUUUGCAAAACAUACAGAAGUUGUAAAUAAUCUAUUGAUCAACAUGAAAACAGCUGUUGGCAAUUCUUCUAUUGCUACCAGAUACAUUAUGGAAACUGAGCAGGGUCUAAAUGAUAGGUAUUCUGUUACACAAAAAUGGAACGAAAAAAACAACUCUUUUUUUCGUAAAUGCUUCAAAUUUGUCAAAGACUAUGUUAUUCCAGUUGCAUCUGUUGCCAUACCAGCUAUAGUUGGUGCCUUCAUGAGGCUUCGGCUUCCGCUGUAGACGCUGGCGUGACUACCACGACUUCUAACAACUGAUAAAAUCAACAUCACCAGUAUUUAAGUAUUUUAUUUCUUCUUCGAUAGAGCUUAUCAAAUACAUCGGACUAUUAAACGUGAUUUACAUAACAUAAUAAACAAUAUGCCAAUUUACGUUGCAUUCUGAUAAAAAUGUAUUGAUAUCAAUGCUAUAAAAAACGAUUUUUAUUUACGUCUUUAUGUUAUAAUUAUACAAUUUAACGCUUUUUCGUAAUUACUAAACAUCUACUUUGCAAUAUGUCAAUUUUUUCCAUAAAAAUGUAAAUAUCGAUGCUGUAAAUAAAAAAUUUAUUUUCAUUUGUUUAUGUUAUAUCAUUACAGUUGAACGCUUUUUUGCAAUUACUGACGUAUCUAUUCUGCAAUUGGGCAAUAUUUGCCAUAAAAAUUGAAUUUCCAUGCUGUGAAUAAAAAAUUUAUUUCAUAUGUUUAUGUUAUAUCAAUACAGUUUAACGCUUUUUCGCAAUUACUGACGUAUCUUCAUUGCAAUUGUUGAAUUUUUCAAAACAAAAUGAUUUGUCUGCUAAGGCGUUUUAUAAUCAGUUGAUACUUCUGUGAACAAAGUUUAUUGCACUCGU